AUGCGGUCGCCGGUCUUCGCCGCGGAGCUCUUUGGUCACAUGAUGGAGAGCACCACGCAACGUGUUAGGAUCGAGGACAUGCGUGCCUCCACAUUCAGGGCCAUGCUCCAGUUCAUCUAUACUGACGAGCUUCCCAUCAAGCCAAACAACGACGAGGAAUCAGGAAGCAGUCGUAAUAACUUCAAAAAAGAAUUCAUGGCGAGGGGCCGUGAAGCCAUGGUACACAAGCUGCUUGUGGCAGCUGAUCGGUACGAUCUCGAGAGGCUCAGUCUCAUGUGCGAGAACAUACUAUGCGAGAGCAUCGAUGUGGAAACUGUCAUGAUGACUUUGCUGCUAGUGCGGGGCCGCCAAAGGUGUUGUCUGCUUGAGGAUUGCUGCAUCAAGUACAUAACAUCUAAUCCUGAUGUGUACGACGCGGUGAGGGCGACCAAGGAUUAUGAGGAACUUAAGGAAACAUGUAGUUCUUUUAUAAUUGAGGUCAACGAAAGAGUAGCCACACACAACAUGGCCCGCCACACUAGCUCCCCUUCUUCCUCCUCCAUUAUCCGUCGGCCAACAGAAGAGAAGAGCACAUCCAGGUACAAGUUGGAGGUGGUCCGCGGCACACAUGAGUUUAUGAUCCCCAACUUUAGCUCCGUGCAAAGGAGCCAUGGUGUUGGCCAAGUAAUCACUUCAGACAUAUUCAACAUAGGCGGUUACGAUUGGACAGUCAAUGUGUACCCGUCUGGGUACUCCGCGGAGGAGGGUGGGGAGCACAUAUCUAUCUACCUCCGUUUACAGACUGAUCCUGGAAUUGCUAGGGUCAAAUUGUCCAAGGUGUUCCGGAUCGGUGAUCCUAAUGGCAAAUCACCAUCGAUUGUGCUUGGUUCAAAAGAUAUUUUUACCAAGGUACGUGAAACCUGGGGGUUUCAAAAGUUCAUUACAGUGAAUUCUGCAAAGUCACGAUACAUAGGGCACAAUGGUUCCCUUACCAUACGUUGCGACCUUGAAGUCCACACGAAGGCGUGUACUGCUAGUACUAGCACCACCAUCGCCAAACCUAUGAUCGUCGUGCCGCCAUCGAACAUUGUCAGGCACCUCGAGCAGCUGAUGGUUAGCAAGCAAUGGUCAGACGUGACGUUCCUGGUCCAGGAGAGUGAGAUUCACGUGCACUGGCUCAUCAUCGCCAUGCGGUCGCCGCUUCUAUACGAAACGUUGGUGGCAUUGACAACCAAAAGUGUCGAACGGAUCGGUGAUAUGAAGGCCGUUGUGCUCAGGGCCAUACUCCACUUUGUCUAUACCGACGAGCUGCUUCCUGUGGAUGACACGGUGGUAGCCAGAGAAAUGCUGGAGGCGGCAUGCCGGUUCCGCUUGGAGAGGAUGAAGGCCAUGUGCGAGAAUUUGCUCGUUCAUCUCCUGUCGAAAGACAACGCGAUGAGCACUCUGGAGCUGGCGUUGCGACACCACUACGAGGGGCUCAAGAUUUACUGCAACGACUUCAUCAAACGUGCAAUGAAGUGA